AUGCGCACCGAGAUUAAAAAGGAAGCCCAAAAACUAGCUCAAGAAGCCCAACACGUCUACCUAGCUAUCAACCAACACAAUGCCCACUUAGAAACUCUCGAACGUCAAACUCAAAAAGUAGAACACAAAAGCAUCAAACUCGCACAAAAACUACUCCAAACCAUGCGUACUAUCCAAAAGGAUGGCCGUAAUACUAUCAUUGCUAUUUUGGUUUUUACUAUCGUUAUCUUACUGAUAUACUUAGUCUAA